AUGCCGACUGGAGGUGGCAAGUCGCUGUGCUACGAAAUUCCUGCGCUGAUGAAACCGGGUGUCGUCAUCGUCGUCUCUCCGCUCAUUGCGUUGAUGCAGAAUCAAGUGGAGUCUUUAAGGAAGAAGAGCAUACCAGCGGAAUAUCUCUCAUCAUCCAUUUCUGCUGCACGGCGGGCAAAUAUUCUCGCCGACCUGGGGAAUGGACGGCCAGCACUGAAGCUGCUGUAUGUGACGCCAGAAGCAGUGGACACCCACACCAUACUGAGCGUGUUAAGGAAGCUUCAUGACAGAGGGUUGCUCAGCCUCUUUGCUGUAGAUGAGGCCCAUUGCAUUUCAUCAUGGGGGCAUGACUUCAGGCCUGCAUAUCGCAGACUCUCCUCUCUUCGACAACGGUUCUCCAACGUUCCAAUCCUUGCUCUCACUGCCACAGCUGUUGCAAAAGUGAGGGAGGACAUUGUUUCCUCCCUCUGCCUUCGCAACCCUACAACUCUUAUCUCCUCUUUCAACAGACCCAACAUCUACUACGAAGUGCGCUACAAGGACCUGAUGGACCCUUACAAAGACUUACGUGAUACACUACUGGCAUCGAAGCAGCAGUGCGGCAUCAUCUACUGCCACUCCCGCAGCACCUGUGACGAGCUCGCUUGCUACCUCACCCGUGACGGUCUCAAAUGCAAAGUGUACCAUGCAGGGCUCUCCACCGCAGCUCGCACCGAAGCACUGGAGGACUGGUCACGGGGGAAGAUCCCCAUUAUGAUCGCCACUGUCGCCUUUGGAAUGGGCAUUGACCGUGGGAUAGUGCGGCUGGUGUGCCACUACUCCCUGCCCAAGUCGAUCGAGGCAUUUUAUCAAGAGUCAGGACGAGCAGGCAGGGACCAGCAGCCCUGCCGCAGCAUUCUGUACUAUGGCGUGCAGGACAAACGGACCAUGGAGUUUAUAAUCAAGAAGGACGACGGUUCACGGGGUAAAGGCCCGCCACAACCUCAGCGAGUCAAGAACGCACUGGAUGCCUUUCAAAAGAUGGUGGACUAUUGCGAGCUCCUGUCAUGUCGCCGAAUGAAGCUGCUAACGCAUUUCGGAGAGACGGCCACCCCAAGGCUGUGUGCGGGCGGUUGUGACGUGUGCAAGACACCACAUGCAGUGAAGGCAGCGCUUCAGGAGCUUCGGGAGAGCGGUGCCGUGGGGGGAAGUGGCGGUGGCAUGCAGCCAAGGGUGCAAAUGGGCAGGCCACCGCUGUCUUCCAAGUUGAAGGAUCUGGUGGAGAGCGAGUUCUGGAAGAGGGACGAUGAGGAGGAGCCUGAGGAGAGCAUCUCCGGCUCUGAUGGGGAGGACGAAGCAACGGAGAAGAUUGCUCGUGUGGAGAGGAGGAUGGGAAAGAGGCCCUCGUUUGCCAGCAAAAUGGACGCGAUGAGUCGGGCUGAGGAGGCGUAUAACCGCGAGCAUGCAGCGCCGAGAAGCAGGCUGUCAUCCCUGCGACAACAGUUUAAGGUCCCAAGGCUUGCAAGUGGUGUAUCGUCUCCCAAUACAGGUUUCACAUCUGCAAGAUCCGUGAUGGCAGCAUCAUCCCUUUCAAAUCGGGCACCAAGUAAAUCUCGUAACUUCAACACGACUACAUUGAACGAUGCAAACCAAGCCGAUCCUCCAAAACAGAAGGCCAAGCUUCAAAUCCCUCCUGUGCCCCUUUCCCAAGAUCCGUGGCAGUAA